GGAAGGGUGCCAAUGGAGGGCAUCUUUCAGCUGGAGGGAGGAGAGGGGAUCGUCAUAAUUGAGGUUAGCACCAGCAGUCUAAGAGAAGGGGGGAUGGACAGAGGGGAAGGAGGAGUAACUGUAAACAGGAGUGAAGCAAAAGGAGGGAGUGGAAUAACUGAGAGGCCUGAAAAAGACAGGAACUCAGCGGAAUGCAUUGAAAUAGUGACUGGAGCGAAUGAAGGAGAAAACACAGCUACGAAUGGCCCUACACCUAACUCUCAGUUCUCUUAAACCUAAACCAAACAACCACUGUCAGGAAAUGUGUGUGAAGGCGUGUGCAUGUGUGUGCACACAUGAAUGUACAUAUGCGUGUGUGAGUGUGUUUUUGAUGUGGAGGCCUUGUCCAGCUACUGAACUAAAGGAGAGUAUGGUCGUUCAGAAAGAGACUAUAGAAAGUACUGUAGGAAACAAUACCAAGGUGCCAGAAACAGGAAGAGUUACAUUCACUGACUGUUAAUGAAGAGGGACCUCAACAAAUGACUUAUGAGUUUCAAUUAAACUGUCAUGUUGACAGUGUUGAUAUAAAACACAUAAGAGUUUUUUUGUGGAUGAAUAGAUGGCUAUGUUGGCUCAGUUUCACUAUAAAUAUUCAUACUAGGAAAUAGUCAUUAUUAAUAAAUUUGUUAAUAAUAUUUUUUUAUGAAUGUUGAUUAAUUCACCUUUCUUAUUUCGUAAAUAUAAAUAUGUCCCUUUAUCUAAAUAUGAAGAGGAUCAGCUCAGAAUAACGGACAGUCCCAGUUUAUUAUGGGAAAUAGGUUCUCCACUGCGUAAAGUGCGACUGACCACAUUCACGUAGCAGGUUAGUCAAUUUUCUGCAGCGCCGGUACUCGCUAUGCAAAUGGCGUAGAGACCGCAUUCAUGACACUAAAUGUUAACGUAAAACUACGUAACACAACAUUUGCAAUAGGUGGCCAUGGUGGCCACGCAAGUAUUGCGAGUCAUUCAAUCAAACAUAAGAAAAAUCGUUUUGAGGAAUAAAUACACAGCGAAUAUAUAAAUCCGUUUCCCUGCAUUUGGCGGUGGUCCAACGCUGCAAGUUUGCAAGACCGGUGUGUGUUGCUGUAUGAGGUGUGCGUGAGUGAGGGUGUGUGUGUGUGUGUGUGUGUGUGUGUUGCUGUGUGUGUGAAGUCCAGACAUGGUAAAGCUGGAGCUAGAUCAGGUGGUAAUGAGGAGGAUGAGGGAAGAUGACAUCGAGACUGUCAAAGCUAUCAUCAAGGAGGGUUGUCAGGGAACAGAAAACCGUCUGAUCCUCCACAUCCUGACUCGUCCUGUCUGCCUCCUACUCCUGGCCACUGUCUCUUCUGUCCUCCGCUGCUUCCUUCACUCCUUCAUCCUGGCCCUCAUCAUCCCUGUCUUCCUGCUCAUCAUCUACCUCAAGUUCACCAUGCCACGCUCCACCGGAGUGCUGGGCACCAGCCGGCCCUACUGGGACUAUGUGGGGAGCAGUUACCGAGGGGCGCAGGACGAGACCCUUCCCAACCCCUAUAGCAGGAUCAGUGGGAAACCCCCACCGGCUAAAGGCAAGGCCAGACGGAGGACCAAACCCAAGGCAGAGGACAAGGACAAAGACUCGUCUCCUGAGAUCGUAGACGUGGAGAGGGAGAAGGCAGCAGGGCAGGUGUGGGUGGCGGACUGUGAGGGGGAGAUCGUGGGCUGUGUGUCCAGGGAGGGUGACUGUCGUCUGGGGAUGAGGAGGUUCUGCAGGGUGGUGGUGGGCUGCUGGUACCGCCGGGAGGGCCUCGGCAGACUGCUGGUCCAGAGUCUGGAGCAGAGGGAGAGGCAGACAGGGGCCAGGAGGGUCUACGCCCACGUCCCCUACCCCUCUGCAGUAGGAGAGGCCUUCUUCAGGAAGCUGGGCUACAGGCUGCAGGGGGAGGUGGGCUACGAUGGGGAGGAAGAAGAGGAGGAUGAAGAGCAGCCGGAGAGGACAUUUCUGGGCUUCCAUGUCACCAAGGUGUUUGUCAAAGACCUCAAGUGAUGUUGGAGACAACGAAGGGAAUGUGGAAAAUAAGACAAAGAUGAUAUACUAAAGGGAAAUAGAGAGAGGAGGAGGAGAGAUACUAUAGGGAAAUAGAGAGAGGAGGAGAGAUACUAUGGGGAAAUAGAGAGAGGAGGAGAGAUACUAUAGGGAAAUAGAGAGAGGAGGAGAGAUACUAUGGGGAAAUAGAGAGAGGAGGAGAGAUACUAUAGGGAAAUAGAGAGAGGAGGAGAGAUACUAUGGGGAAAUAGAGAGAGGAGGAGCGAUGCUAUGGGGAAGUAGAGAGAGGAGGAGAGAUACUAUGGGGAAGUAGAGAGAGGAGGAGUAGAGAUACUAUAGGGAAAUAGAGAGAGGAGGAGGAGGAGAGAUACUAUAGGGAAAUAGAGAGAGGAGGAGGAGAGAUACUAUAGGGAAGUAGAGAGAGGAGGAGAGAUACUAUAGGGAAGUAGAGAGAGGAGGAGAGAUACUAUAGGGAAAUAGAGAGAGGAGGAGGAGGAGAGAUACUAUAGGGAAAUAGAGAGAGGAGGAGGAGAGAUACUAUAGGGAAAUAGAGAGAGGAGGAGAGAUACUAUAGGGAAAUAGAGAGAGGAGGAGAGAUACUAUGGGGAAAUAGAGAGAGGAGGAGGAGAGAUACUAUAGGGAAGUAGAGAGAGGAGGAGGAGAUACUAUAGGGAAGUAGAGAGAGGAGGAGGAGAGAUACUAUAGGGAAGUAGAGAGAGGAGGAGGAGAGAUACUAUAGGGAAGUAGAGAGAGGAGGAGGAGAGAUACUAUAGGGAAGUAGAGAGAGGAGGAGGAGAGAUACUAUAUGGAAAUAGAGAGAGGAGGAGGAGAGAUACUAUAGGGAAAUAGAAAGAGGAGGAGGAGAGAUACUAUAGGGAAAUAGAGAGAGGAGGAGGAGAGAUACUAUAGGGAAGUAGAGAGAGGAGGAGGAGAGAUACUAUAGGGAAAUAGAGAGAGGAGGAGGAGAUACUAUAGGGAAGUAGAGAGAGGAGGAGGAGAGAUACUAUAUGGAAAUAGAGAGAGGAGGAGGAGAGAUACUAUAGGGAAAUAGAAAGAGGAGGAGGAGAGAUACUAUAGGGAAAUAGAGAGAGGAGGAGGAGAGAUACUAUAGGGAAGUAGAGAGAGGAGGAGGAGAGAUACUAUAGGGAAAUAGAGAGAGGAGGAGGAGAGAUACUAUGGGGAAAUAGAGAGAGGAGGAGGAGAGACAAUAUAGGGAAAUAGAGAGAGGAGGAGAGAUACUAUAGGGAAAUAGAGAGAGGAGGAGGAGAGAUACUAUAGGGAAAUAGAGAGAGGAGGAGGAGAGAUACUAUAGGGAAAUAGAGAGAGGAGGAGGAGAGAUACUAUAGGGAAAUAGAGAGAGGAGGAGGAGAGAUACUAUAGGGAAAUAGAGAGAGGAGGAUGAGAGAUACUAUGGGGAAAUAGAGAGAGGAGGAGGAGAGAUACUAUGGGGAAACAGAGAGAGGAGGAGGAGAGAUACUAUAGGGAAAUAGAGAGAGGAGGAGGAGAUACUAUAGGGAAGUAGAGAGAUGAGGAGGAGAGAUACUAUGGGGAAAUAGAGAGAGGAGGAGGAGAGAUACUAUAGGGAAAUAGAGAGAGGAGGAGGAGAGAUACUAUAGGGAAAUAGAGAGAGGAGGAGGAGAGACACUAUAGGGAAAUAGAGAGAGGAGGAGGAGAGAUACUAUAGGGAAGUAGAGAGAGGAGGAGGAGAGAUACUAUAGGGAAGUAGAGAGAGGAGGAGGAGAGAUACUAUAGGGAAGUAGAGAGAGGAGGAGGAGAGAUACUAUAGGGAAGUAGAGAGAGGAGGAGGAGAGAUACUAUAGGGAAGUAGAGAGAGGAGGAGGAGGAGAGAUACUAUAGGGAAAUAGAGAGAGGAGGAGGAGAGAUACUAUAGGGAAAUAGAGAGAGGAGGAGGAGAGAUACUAUAGGGAAGUAGAGAGAGGAGGAGGAGAGAUACUAUAGGGAAGUAGAGAGAGGAGGAGGAGGAGAGAUACUAUAGGGAAAUAGAGAGAGGAGGAAGAGAGACAGUGAAAAGAGGGGGACAAUAAGGCAAUAAUGAGGGUAGAGUCUAACUAAAAUGUUGGAAGACAAUGGACAAUUUAGUGAACAGAACCUCAUUUAAAUGUUUUUUCCUCCUGAUUUGUAGUAUGUAUUUAUUUAUGUAUUGCUUUUACAAUUGUCAUUGAGUUCUUAUUCAAUGUCAAAUAUAUCUGUUUAUAUGUCUGGCUGGCUCUUUAUUUGUAAAAACUUGUUUUUAUUAAUAAGUGAUUUUGCAAAUAAAUGUGUGCGUACGCGGG